AUGGAGGAAGAGGAAGAUAUGUGUGUUAAAAAUGUAGGUGAAUAUAAAGGGUUGAUGCAACAAAGUGUGGAUAGUAACAAAGAUAAAGAGAUAGCUAGAAGAGGUGGAGAUGUGAUUAGCAAAAAUGUCAGUAACAAUAAAAGCAAAGCAUUCAAAGAAGAUCUGAAGCCUGAUGCACCAAAUCGUAGUAUAAGUUUAAUCAAUAUAUUUUGGAAUAAUAUUGAGAGUAGUGAUUCUAAUCAAGUUGAAUUAGAGAAGGAAAAUGCUGAAGAAAAUGAUAUUGUAAGUAAUGAAUCGAUUGGUGAGGUGGAUGAUCGAGAAUUGGAUAACUUGGAAGCUGAAGUUGACCAGUUGUUGUCAGAUAUGAAGAACGGUGAUGAUAAAGAGAUUAAUUUGAUUAAUUUUUAUGAACUGGAUCGAAGAAGUGAAAGAAAUGACUUGAUUGACUUUAGAUGUGCUGCAAAGAAAUCAGUAAAGAACGAUGAAGUAAAGGAUAAAAUAAUUCAGGAAGUGGAUGUAGUUAGUAUUGGGCAUUGUGGCCAGAAUAAAGUUGGAGUCAAAAAUAAUAAUAAUGGAAAUAAAGCUCCUGAUAGUAGAGCUGAAAUCAUUAGAAAUAAAAUGGAAAAUAUUGAAGAAACAUGUGAUGAAUUCUAUGAUGAAAAGGAUAAACACAAGAAAUUCAUCUGUUGUUAA